AUUCUAGAUGUGUCUGUGGAGCUUAGGAGAAGGACCUUCUUCGAGAACUGGAGAAGGCACCACCCCUAUUCUGACGCAAUCUUACCAGUCCCUUUCUCAUUCAUCCACCCCAGGCCUAAAGCAGGUGAUCUGAUAAGAGGUGGUAGUUUUAAGCACUCUGCUGAGAAAAGAACGCUUAACUGGUCAGUUACAGCUCCUCUGUCAGAGGUUUCCUACUAAUAUAGCAGCACCGGGGUGUCUUCAGCAUUUCUUCCAGAGACCAAUUGAGUCGCACGUUACCACAUACACUUUGAGUCACUUUGCAGAAGAUUCAGAAUGUCUGAUUCCACCUCCAUCGGGGAGUUUAGCGGGACACAUCAAGCCUUUCGAGACCGCUGGGCGAAGACAGAUGAUGAGAUGUGCAAACACAGUAUGUCUUUCCACUUGCACAAUACUCUGAGGAGGGAGUUCUUCGCCAGCUACCUGUACCUCCUGGAGAAGAUUCCUCUGGUGAAACUCUAUGCAGUGACUUGUGAGUACAUUAAAGGGGAGAAGCAGUUUUACUACAGGGCACAGAACUUCUACAAGGACGUCCCGGCGUCAGAAGAGGGCAUGAUGGGAGAUUUUUUGGAGAUAUCUGAGAUUGACCUUGAAGGCUCAAGACAGUUCCUGAAGAAAUUUGUUGGUCCAGGAAAGGCUGGCACCAAGCGAGCACUAGACUGUGGCUGUGGAAUCGGGAGAGUUUCUAAAGGAGUUCUGUUUCCUGUGUUUGAAUCCAUGGAGAUGCUUGACAUGAUGGAAGAUUUCAUCCUCCACGCUCAUGAGUGUUACCUCGGAGAUUACGCAGACCGGGUGGAGGCCUACUACCUUUACAAUCUGCAGGAAUUCACCCCAGCUUCAAACAGAUACGAUGUCAUCUGGAUGCAGUGGGUUACCUGUCAUCUUACUGAUAAGGACCUGAUGGAAUUUUUAAUGAGUGCUAAGGAGAGCUUGAGGCCCAAUGGUGUGAUUAUCAUUAAGGAUAACAUGGCACGGCAGGGCUGCAAGCUGGACCCGAUUGACAGCAGCAUCAUUCGCCACCUGGACAUCAUGAAGAGCAUCAUUCAGAAAGCAGGCCUCUCCAUACUGGACGUUGAAAAGCAGGAAGGCUUUCCUGAGGCCAUCGUACCUGUAUGGAUGAUCGCCAUGCACUAAAUGAAAGACAUAGAAGCAGAGAGUGUUUUCAGAUGGAUGUGUUGUACAUGCACUUAGGUACAGUAGUAGUUAUAUAUUAUAAAUACAUAGUAUGUUUUAUCCCAUUUACCAACUAACAUGUCAGAGUGUAGUAAUUUCAGUUAAUGAACAUCUGUUUUUCAGAACAUCAAAGUUUUAUUUUUCCAGUAGCUUUUGCCAUUUUCAGACUGCUGUCAUUGUGUGUAGUUUCUACUCA